AUGAAUAUAUGUGUUCUGCAUAUUAUUCUACUUCUGUGGGUAGCAUUAAUCUCAGCGGUUGACAGGGCAACUGCAGGAUGUAGCUUUCCGCAGCACACAUCAGAGAAUCGGAAAAUCGAAGCCAAAAUACAACCCUUGCUAGGGAAAAGAUUCAGAGCAGAAGAUGUGAAUAAGGAAUAUGUAUACAAGAUUGGGAUCUGCACAGAUGCAUUAGAUAAAACAGAGUUUCACGAUAUGGAGAACAACAAAAAUAUAGGAGUCUACCAGUUCAAAUAUACAGAUGGAAAUUUAGAUCCUAAAGAUGGUCAUGUUGUUGGUCGAUACAACAAUACCUCAAUGACCCAAGGAACCGGAUGGAUUCUUCUUGAGUACAGAGAUGGAGAAAAGUAUCAUACUCAUUGCACCCAAGAGACGCGUCGAGCCAGAAUCAUGAUAAUUUGUGAUGAAGAUGUCGAUGUUGGGUCUGAAAGGAUCAAUAUUUUUGAAGAAAACACCAAUAAGACUGGUGAAUGCUAUUAUUUAUUUGAAAUGGCCUCCAGUGCAGCAUGUCGUACCAAGCCUGCAGUGACUUUUGGACUAAGUUUAGGAUCCAUAUUAGUAAUCGUGUUUGUGAGUGUAGUUUUUCUCUACCUGUUGCUUGGAAUUGCUUACCAAAGAUUUGUGUUAGGAGCCAAGGGCAUGGAACAGCUUCCAAACUACUCCUUCUGGCAGGACUUUGGUAAUCUGCAAUCCGAUGGUUGUAACCUUGUAUGUCGGUCUGGAGGGUCACCCCAAAAACCUACUUUUAAAGGUUUAGGAGAUGACCAGUUACAAGAAGAAGAUGACCGAGAUGACCAUUUGCUGCCUAUGUAGGUUGACCAUUGAGACAUGAUAACAUUGAUGUGAGCAAGUCAUGACCACAAACCACCUGUGUGGAUAUUGUCAUGGUGGUGAAAGCAUUUUUCUGUGUGUACAGUAUCACUGGUGACUUCUGGUGAAUCAGAUAUGUAGAAAGAUUCAGGGUUUUCCAUAAGAGGCGGUCGCCGGCCAAUUUGACAGCCUACUUUGAUCAUUUGGCCGCCUACACCAGUCCAGUUCCGUAAUAAUGUUCCGUACACGACUACACGUACAUGGAAGGCCAGCCUCCUACUUUCACUACACAGCCUACUACUAACAAAAUUAUGGAAAACCCUGAAGAUUCCUUACAGUAUCACAGAGAAGGCUUUUCUGCCACAGUGAGACUGAAGUGAGGUGGAAUGAUAUAUUCAACAACUUCAACCCAAGUGAAAAAUUAAAACUUCAUCUGAACAAUAACUUCAAUCUUAUUUCAAAAUUCAAUUUAUCAAUUGAUAUCAACUCCAGAACUUAAA